AUGGGAACAAUCAAUAUUGGUAAGUGUCAAUGCUAAUGCUACAUCAAUUAUGUAUCAUGUGAUUACACCUAUCAAGAACAUGAAAUCAGAACAGAUAGGAGAAUUAAUCGCUUUGCUGAAAACACUGAAAAGUCAAUCAAUAAAAUCAAAUCUCCUGCUGAUUCAACUGAGAAACUCUCCAGGUUUUCCUCUACUCGUAAACCAUCAAGUAGAUCAAGUUCUUUAAAGUCCAAAUAUCUGGAAUCAAGUGAAUGCAAUAUUAAUCCCGAUGAAUCUUCUUCAACAAGAAUCAAAAGGAAACCUAAACUCAAUCCUUCCUUUGUAUAGUCUUUCAAAUCUUACAACUUUAGAGAAUUUUCUAUGAAACCCCAAUCUGCAAUCAGUUAGCAAUAAAAGACUGAACACUAAAAAAGUACCUAAAGUACAUUAGUUUCAUAAAUUAAAUUAAGUAAUCGACCAUUCGGCAUUAAUGAUAAUAUGGCAGAUUAAUAUGAAUAUAGACCUUUUAAAAAGGCUAAUAAGUAUUAGUAACUCUUUUUUAAAUGA